AUGCCUCCUCGAAUACAGCCUCAUCGGAUUUCGAUACCCUCAUCAACACAAUGCUUCCGCACGAGGCCCGAGAUCUCCAUCAUGGCCCAGCAGCCCUUUUCGUCUUCUCCCUCCAAGGAAGCUGCUGCCCAGGGCCAAACUCGCCGUAGGAAACGAAUGACGCGUCUUCGGCGUGAUAUGUUUGCAUGGCUCAAUGGACCAGGCAAGGUGUUCCGCGAGUCGGCGAAGAAUAGCACAAAUUAUAUGAGCGCGUACGACAAGUCGGGAAACCUUAUCCGCGCGAGACGCCAGCGGCAAGAGAAGGACGAAGCCCGGGAACAAGUUGUGCCCGAGGAUGAGGAACCUGAGAUCCAGCGGAAAGAGGAAGAGGAGGGAUUGGACGAAGUUGAGCGAGACGCAAGAUUUCUGGCACGCCAGGCGGCACGAGAACGGAAGGCAGAACUUGAUGCCAGAGGCGGAGUGCCCAAGGAAAGGCUUUCCGACUUGCGGCCAUUCCCUCUCAACCCACAUUUCCGCUCACAGCCAGUGCUGAGCGAGGGUUUCAGAGAAAUCAUCUACAAUCAGGUCGUCGAGAGAGGCGUGGAUGUCAGCACCGUCAGCGCAGCGUUCGGAGUGGACACCAGGAGAGUUGCGGCGGUAGCCAGACUAAAGACCAUUGAAAAGAAAUGGGUCGCUGAGGUGAGUUACUCAAUCCCUUUUUCGCUUGCGUUCAAUGAUGAUUUCAAUUCAAAAAUUCGAUUAGUCUUUAAGACAUCCACAUGGUUACAAAAUUUGCUUUGCGAGCCUCUCUGAACUGGACAAUCACAACACAUUCAGCCGAGACACAUCUGAUGAGGACGGUGGCUAACAAUGCUCACAGGGCAAGCAAUUGGCCAAGCCGUAUAACGACGCUGUGUUGGGUAUGCUGCCACAGACUCGCUUGGACCCCAACAAUCCUGGCAGGAUGGUUCCUCAUGAGAGCAUCAAUGACCUGCCUGUGCAUCCAUACACGCGGCAUCAAAUGUUCUGGCCAACCUCAGAGUCCCGCCAAUUCACUCGUGAAGAUGCCGCCAAGGCAUUCAACAACGAUCUCCUCCCAGCCGACAAGCGUAUUCCUCACCCAGAGCUUAUCACGCUGGAGAAGGAGUCUUUGGAAGGAGUUAGCCGUGACGAUCGGUGGGCACGACAACAGCAACGUGACGAAGACGCAAGGAAGGAGAAGGAAGAGGCAGAGGCCAAGCGGAUUGCCUGGGAACAGAGAACCCAGAGGGUAGUCCCCGGCCGCAGAUGGGACUUCAAAUUCCAAGACAUCAGCGUGGAUUCGGUGGGCAAAGACGGCAGGUCGAGACAUGGUGUGGGUGCGCGGUAUGGUAUGCCGCAUGAGGAUCGCAAGAGAGGAAUGGUCAAGAUUCCCACGAGUGUCGAGUAA